GUUUUCGUAUGUGCUUCAGAGCGGAGUUAACCGCCAAGUAAGUUACGUUUUGCCAUGUCAUAACUGAGGAGUUGAAGCACAGUUUACGAGUAGAAUAGUGGCAUUUGUUUCUUUAAACCAGGACGUAGAUUCAAAUGUCGUUGGAUAUGCGCUCUGAAAUGAGAGCGUGUUGUGUUUUCGAAGGGAAUUCCUUGUGACUUUUUUGAGCCGCUGUUAUUAUCACUGUAAAGCUAACGUUACACAGCGAAGCCUCAUGUUUUCGUCAAGCCAGGAGGAGCACUGCGCCCCGUCCAAAGACCCAGUGAAAUACGGGGAGCUCGUGGUGUUGGGGUACAAUGGCUCUCUGCCCAAUGGAGAUCGGGGUAGACGGAAAAGCAGAUUUGCGCUAUACAGGAGGACCAAAGCCAAUGGUGUUAAGCCGAGCACUGUGCACAUCCUCAACACACCCCAGGCCAGCAAGGCUGUGAACUGUAAAGGCCAACACAGCAUCUCCUACACACUGUCCAGGAACCAGACGGUCGUGGUGGAGUACAGCCAUGAUAAAGAUACAGACAUGUUUCAGAUUGGGCGUUCCACAGAGAGUCCCAUAGACUUUGUGGUGACCGACACCGUAGCAGGAGGCCACGAGGGAGAGGAGACUCCCAUCACGCAGAGCACCAUCUCCCGCUUCGCCUGCCGAGUUGUCUGUGAGCGUAACCCCCCGUUCACCGCGCGCAUCUAUGCAGCUGGAUUUGACUCCUCAAAAAACAUCUUUCUUGGGGAAAAAGCUGCGAAAUGGAAAAACCCAGAUGGUCACAUGGACGGCCUGACGACAAAUGGAGUCCUGGUCAUGCACCCCCGGGGUGGAUUCACAGAAGAGUCCAAGCCCGGCGUAUGGAGAGAGAUCUCCGUUUGUGGAGAUGUUUACACACUGAGAGAGACCCGCUCUGCACAGACCCCAGGGAAACUGGUGGACAAUGAGAGUAAUAUACUGCAGGAUGGCUCCCUGGUGGAUCUUUGUGGAGCUACUUUGCUGUGGCGUACGGCAGAGGGCCUGUUCCACACUCCCACCCAAAAGCACCUGGAGGCUCUCAGGCAGGAGAUCAACGCUGCACGGCCCCAGUGCCCGGUCGGUCUCAACACUCUGGCUUUCCCCAGCAUGCAGCGCACCCGUGCCCUCUCCUCCCUGGAGGAAAAACAGCCUUGGGUCUACUUGGCAUGUGGCCACGUGCACGGGUACCACAACUGGGGCCACCGUUCAGAGCAGGAGGCCAACCCGGAGCGAGAGUGUCCCAUGUGCCGCAUGGUGGGGCCCUAUGUGCCACUGUGGCUGGGCUGUGAGCCGGCCUUCUACGUGGACGCGGGUGCACCCACGCACGCGUUUGUGCCAUGUGGACACGUGUGUUCAGAGAAAUCUGUGAAGUACUGGGCGGACAUCCCUCUGCCACACGGCACCCACGCUUUCCACGCCGCCUGCCCCUUCUGCGCCUCACAGCUCAGCCUCACUCAGGGCUGCUCCAAGCUAAUCUUCCAGGGCCCGGUGGACUGAGCUGAAGGUGCUGCUUCAGCAGAGACGAUGACAUUGGGAAUGUCACCAUGCUGUGAAACUGUUCCGAUUCUUUUGUGCUUUCUUUUGUUCGUGUCAGCCAGCGGUGGAAAGGAGUAAGUCUUCUAAACCUCUGGUAAUAUAUUAUGGAUUCUGCACAACACAGAGCCAUUACACAUUGUUCAUGGCCUCUUGUGGGUGGCCAGUGGCCACCGUGGGAUACAUAGAUGUGGUGCAAGUCGGACCACAGAUCCCUGGACUGAAAUACUGUUUUCAGCUGUCCUUCCAAACGACUGCUUUUAAAAUGGCCCGAGCACUGGGCUCUUGAAACUACAAUAGGUUUUCCACCAGUGUGCAGCAGGAAUAGGGUGGAAUUAACUGUCCUGAAUGUGAGUGAACCUGAUCAUAGCGAGCAGAGGUAGAUGGGCCAGUUGACAGAGAAAACGGGGGAAGGGUUUACUUCCUGAAGGGUCUGAGACAAAGUUUUUACAAAGCCUGACAGCUGGACUGUUGGCUGAAUGCAAGACCAGAACAAAUCUGGAGUCUAAUUUUAAUGGAAAAACAUGUUAAGUGCUGCCCUAUGACCGCCCCCCCCCAGCCUUAACCCUUAAUCUAGACCAUGCAGCUCCCCAAGAGUGGCUUCCGUUUGCUGAACAAUCUGUCAGAGGGGGUAUUUUUCUUAACAGUGGACAUAUUUUUUCAUGAAUAAGAGCUAUUUUGUUGAAGACAAAGACGGAGGCAAUUUCACACACAGAGGACGUAAAGAAACGUCAGCCCGGAUUCUUCGCCACAUUUUUAUCUUGACAGAAGAGCUAUUUUACUACACUGAGGCCCUUGUACUGUUUCAUAAUGCAAAUGUUAAUAUAUUUUUCUCCUGCGUAAAUAAUAUUUGCGAGAAUGUUUGAGUGAAUGUGUGACUGUGUGUAUGUGUGUGUGGGGUGGACCAUGUGGGUGCCCGCAAGCUUUUUAUUUGAAAUGAUCUGAAUCGUCCCCCAAUCCCGUCUCUAUGAUCUUGCCCACCACUCAAAAGAGAGAGAACACAGGAAUUAAACCAAGCUAGUAGUGUUUGACAAUGAAUGUAC